CAGCAUAAUAACUGGUCCGGCAACCGUGCCGAGCGCCAGUCAGUCGCCGAGUGUUAGUCGAAGUGCCCGUAUCGCUCGCACUCCGAAGCCGGUAUCGCGAGUACGCGAAUACGCGAUCAUAAACAAAGUUCGAUAAUUAAAAAUAAAUAAAAUUCGAACCCGUGCUAAAGUCGCAGUCGAUUACCAGUCGGAUGAACUGUCCAAAAUAACUGUGAAACUCUGAAAAUUCUACGAGUGCAGAUGCAUCGAUCAAUAUCGAUAGGGGUCCAAUAAAUCAGUACCAGGAUAUAGGUCAGUGUGCGUGAUGCUGACAAGGUGGUUGACGCUGGCGCUGGUAGCGGCGACGUGGCGCGCGGCAGACGCCUGCAGCUGCAUGCCACAGCACCCGCAGACACACUUUUGUAAAAGCGACUUCGUGAUCGUGGGGCGGGUACAAAAAUUGUUCAGAGGAAAUGACACUUACGAUGCAUACAAAGUGAAAAUUCGAAACAUCUACAAAACGACACCGAAGGCGGUGGUAGCACUUAAAUCGGGACGUUUGCUGACGGCGUCACACGAAGCCUUAUGCGGCGUCAGUCUACAGCCCAGAGAGACCUAUGUCAUAACGGGUAACGUUGUGCACCUUCAAGCGCACAUAGACUUCUGUGGUUAUGUGAACAAGUGGCGGGAUGUGACACCGCGGCAGAGAAAAGGCUUUAGGCUACUUUACAAACAGGGUUGUACUUGCAAGGUGCACGUGACACGGCGCCGGACAAAGUCGCCCAACACGUGCGUCACUAACUACGACGAUUGCUUCGAGCGGCACGGCAUCUGCCUGCACGAUCGUGACCGACGAUGCCGUUGGACAAGGGCGCCCGCACUCACGAGGUGUCUGCAGAAGCCGCACUUCAAUAGCACGAUGACUUGAAUCGCCGCAUCGAAUGUAAACAUUAAUCGUAGCAAACAUUUGUAUAUCUCGACACGCCUUUGGAAAUUCCGAUGUUACCUUACAUUUUUUUACUAAUAAUUCACCGAAAUACGAUACAAACA